AUCCAGAAUAAAUGACUCGUUGGACCAAUGAAAUACAUGUGAGUCGGCAUUCUGCCACUUGGACCAAUCACGAGACGGAGCAUCAUUAUCAGGGAGGCCGGAAUGAUGCCCCAUCGACCUUAUUUAGAGUCAAACGGCGCGGAUUUGCCUCUCAGUAUUAGACGAACGAAUGGUUAGGCCAUACCUAAUAUGAUCGAUUAAGCAAUUGGGAUCCAUUGUUUGCAUUGAUCAUGUGUAAUUUCAUUUCUGGCGUGUAAAUGUCCACGUUGUAGCCAACCUGAGAGUGAUCUCAGUGCUGUGAUUCUUCUGUUUCUUCAUAAGUUGGAAGGAAAGGUGUUUGUGGCAUUGAUUCCCUCCCUUCCCUCGAAUCAGUGCAUAAAAUACAUCCGUACGAGACGCAAACAAAGCAAUUGUGCUGCCUUUAAAGGCCGAGCAAUUUUGGUUCCAAGGCCCAAUCUGAUCGUUACCAUCCCUCUCCGAUCUGAGCGAGAUUGAUUGAUUGAAUCUCCUACCAUCUUGACUCAUUACCGAUUAACGAUUGCUCAUUACUGCCAUCCAUGAAGAUGAUGUCCAGGGGUCUGAUGGUUUUGGGCGUGGUCAUGGCUGUCUGGGCUCAACCCGGGCGAGCCCUGUACAGCAAGAGCUCGGGUGUGGUCGAGCUCACGCCCAACAAUUUCGACAACCGCGUCAAGGACAGUGACGGCGUGUGGGUGGUCGAAUUCUAUGCGCCGUGGUGCGGUCAUUGUAAGCAAUUGGUGCCCGAAUAUCAGAAGGCCGCUCAAGCCCUCAAAGGCAUUGUUGGCGUGGGCGCCGUGGAUUGCGAUCAACACAAGUCCCUGUGCGGUCAGUACGGCGUUCAGGGUUUCCCCACCAUCAAAGUGUUUGGCAGCAACAAGAAGAAGCCCGAGGCCUAUAACGGCGCCCGCACCGCUCAAGGCAUUGUCCAACAAGCUCAAAAGACGGCCGAGUCAGUGGUGCGGGAACGCAUGGGAGGCAAGUCCGGCAAAUCCGGUAGUGGCGGUUCCGGCUCCAAGGAUGCUGUGAUUGAAUUGACCGAGUCCAAUUUCAAGAAGCUCGUGCUCGACUCGGACGAUAUGUGGCUGGUGGAAUUCUUUGCCCCGUGGUGCGGACACUGCAAGAACCUGGCUCCGGAAUGGGCCAAGGCUGCUACCGAGUUGAAGGGCAAGGUCAAAUUGGGCGCCGUGGACGCCACCGUCCAUGGAGGCUUGGCCUCGCAAUAUGGCGUGCAAGGCUACCCCACCAUUAAAUACUUUCCCAGCGGCCCCAAGUCCAGCCCGGAAGAAUUCGACGGAGGUCGAACCGCCAAUGACAUCGUGAACUGGGCGUUGGACCGAUUCACCGAAAACAUUCCCGCUCCCGAAGUGGUUCAAAUCACGAAUUCGGACGUGAUGGUCGAAAAUUGCGAGAAGAAAUCCUUGUGCGUCAUCGCGUUUUUGCCGCAUAUUUUGGAUUGCCAGAGCAAGUGCCGUAACGAUUUCAUCAAAACACUCAAUAAACUAGGAGAUAAGUUUAAGAAACAAGCUUGGGGAUGGGUCUGGGCUGAAGGCACCGCUCAACCCGCCCUGGAAGAGGCGCUCGACAUCGGGGGCUUUGGUUACCCGGCUAUGGCGGUCAUGAGUCACAAAAAGAUGAAGUACUCGACCCUCACCGGCUCCUUUGGUUAUGACGGUAUCAAAGAGUUCCUGCGAGACUUGUCGUAUGGCAAAGGCCGCACCAGCCCCGUCAAGGGCGCAAAAAUGCCCGAGAUUGUGUCAUUGGAUCCUUGGGACGGCAAAGACGGAGAACUGCCCGUUGAGGAGGAUAUCGACUUGUCUGACGUGGAACUGGACGACAUCAAGACUGAGCUGUAGGUGAAACCCAGUUCCCAUGUUCAAGGCGAUGGAUGACAUGGGGCAUCAUAUGAACAAAAAUUAAAACUUCUGUGAUCAGCCUGGCAAAAUCCGAGCCCGAGAACUCUUCCGUGAGAUGAUAGGGAAUCUCCUCUUUUCUCGUGCACCCAGGUCCCUUCCAAUUGCUGUAAGGGUAUUAUUUGCGUGCGAAUUAGUAACGUGUGCAUUUCGACUCAUUUCUCUGUUAUAUUUCUCAUUCUGUUUUAUUCUAACAUAUUAAUAAAUCUUUCGCUACUGCGUUA